AUGAAGAUAGUUAUUUUGUUUUCAUUCCUCCAUCUCCUUAUUGCCUUUUCCUCUUGUAAUGCUAGAAUAACAACUCCGAACCAGCUCUUGCCUCCUCUGGUGCGUGACAAUCAAGGCGAGAUUCUCACAUCCGACUCGAGGUACUUCAUGUUGCCUGGAGCUGGUGGUGGCGGAGUAACACGAGACUUGGGAAAUGGAACUGAAACCAGCUCUAAUUUUGUUUGUCCAUUUCAGGUGGUGCAGUCUCGAAAAGAUCUAGACCCCGGCAUGCCUGUGUUUCUAAAACCUCGUAAUAACCAAGUUAAAAAGAUCAGUGAAUCAACUUCUCUUAACAUCAAGUUCUAUCUUAAUCCAACUUUCGCAU